AUGUUUGAGGAGAAGGUAGUCGUCGGAGUUGCAUCCGCUUUUUCAACGUUGGCGGUUAUCGCCUGCCUUGUUGUCAUCCCAUCCCUCUACAACACUAUCAACGAGGUUCACGAUGAGGUUCUCGAUGGUGUCCAGGUUUUCCGUGUUGAGACCGACUCGGCUUGGACCGAGAUGAUGGACAUCCAGAUCACCGUCACUCCACCAUCGAAGCCACGUGUCAAUCCAUUCAACUCGAUCUUCCGUCAGAAGCGUCAGACCUUCUCUGGACUCCCAGCUUGGUGCCAGUGCGAGCCAACCAAGCCAACCUGCCCACCAGGCCCACCAGGACCACCAGGACAGCCAGGACAGCCAGGACUUCCAGGACCACCAGGACCAAAGGGAGAGGACAACACCUCGACCUAUGCUCCACUCACCUGCGCGCCAGUCUCCAACGACUGCAUCAAGUGCCCAGAGGGACCAGCUGGACCUGCCGGACCAGCGGGACCAGCCGGACCAGCCGGACCAGACGGACAGCCAGGAGCGCCAGGAAACCCAGGAAACGACGGACAGCCAGGAGCCCCAGGAGCCCCAGGAGACGACGGAGCCCCAGGAGCGCCAGGACAAGACGGACAGCCAGGAGCGCCAGGACAGGACGGACAACGCGGAUCGGGAGCCCCAGGAGCGCCAGGAGCCCCAGGAAACGCCGGACCAGCUGGACCAGACGGACAGCCAGGAGCCCCAGGACAAGACGGACAGCCAGGACCAGCUGGACCAGCCGGACAGGAUGGACAGCCAGGAAACCCAGGAUCCGACGGACAGCCAGGAUCGAACGGAGGACCAGGACUCCCAGGACCAGACGCCGCCUACUGCGCGUGCCCACCAAGAUCCGCCGUCUUCGUUUCCCGCUCCAGACAGUAA